AGCAUUGCAGCACUGUCUCCGUGGAAGAUCAGAUUUUGGGUGCACGCUGCUUGAUAUUUGCUGCGACAGGUAACUGCCCUCUCUCUUGGUGGGUGCAGUGGGAGCGCAUACCACCCUGCAUGAACUUCUUCAACAGAGGAAUUUGAUUGGCGAUUUUACACUUUUUUUUGUUUCCUGGCCGCUGUUGUUCUCCCCUUCAGCUUUGCCGCACCACCGCAACAAGGAGCAUCGGAAGGAGUGACGAUCAGCGACAGUUUAGGGUUAUCCUUUCUUCUUCUUGUUUAUCGAAGAAACUCACAAUUUCCCGCACAGCAGAAAACAUACACUUACAUUCCCAAUGGGCGAUAAUCCAGCUUCCCCAGGGUCCCCCCAAAAGGCGGGGUCUGCGCAGCACCAGCGCAUCGUCCUUCAAAAGCAACUGGCGGAGGUGCGAAUGGAGAACACCAUCUUGCGGCAACAACUCUAUCAGGUGAGUACGUUACUCGACAUCGCCGUUAGUAAACUGGGCACACUGGGUGUUUCCUUGGAAACCCCCAUCGACAUCCGCGCCUUGCGCGCGGCGGCGCUGCAGCACGCCAGCGCCGAGACAGCCCAAGCGCAGGACGACACGAUCGGCGCAUCACCCAAAGACGGCGACCCCACAACCGGGCACAACACGAGCAAAAAGUUCCAGAUGCGUCAGCAACUCUCCGAGCACACGAAAGCUGUGCAGUGCUGCGCCUUUUCCGACCGCGAGGAGCCCCUCAUCGUCACCGGCGGCAUGGACUGCCGGUUGAUCGUGCACAACCACUUCACCGGCGAAAAGCUGUGGGAUUCCACGGCGCACGAGGAGGCGGUGAGCGACGUCGCCUGGUUCGACCACCGCUGCCUGCUCUCCGCCUCCUACGACGCCACGGUGAAGCUGUGGGACGUGAACGGUGGGACGUCGAACAAGAACGUGCUGUACCAGUACAACGCGCACGGCUUCGUGCUCUCGGCCAUUCCCCUCGGCCCCUCGCUCUUUGCCUGCUCCGACUCGCGCCACAAGACCGCAAUUGUGGACGUUCGCGUAGGCGGCAAGGGCCUCGUGCAGGACCACGAGUACCGCGUGAACAGUCUCAGCUACGAUGAGUCGGCCAAGCAACUGCUGAUGGGGCAAAGCAACGGCGUCAUCUCAAUUUGGGACAUGCGGCGGCCAGACCAGGCGCUGCAGGCCACCCCUAGCGGAGGUAACAGUGCGGUGACGCCGCCUGUCGCGCCGUCGCAGCCGACCGCACCGCCUCAGCGCGGAGGCGGAAUGGGUGGGAGCUCGGGUGAUGUGGCGGCUGUCGACGCUGCAGACGUUGGAGACGUGCCCGGUGCAAAUUUGAAUGGUGUUGGUGCUGGAGCAGCGACAGGGGUCACGGAGGACGCUCCUGGUGCCAGUUUUACGAGCAACAUGGCCGCGCUCAAUGUGACGGCUAACACGAGUGGGCUGGGCACUUCUGGUAACGGUGGUAGUGGCUCUGCGGGCGGCCUCUUUGCCGGAGCAACGCGGCUGGCCCGCACGACGGAGUUGAAGAACGAGCCGUCGCACUCGCCCAUCUCCUACAUCGCCCACUUCCACAGCGACGACGACACCCGCCGGCUCAUUUGCGUCUCGGGCGACAACGUGGUGCGACUCUAUCGCGGGAACUUGAACGCCUUCACGGCGGGCCGCACCGAGGGCGCGAACCUGUACGUGCUGCGUAACGUGAUGACGGGCAUUCCUACCCGGGGCAACGUGAUGAGGUCGGGCUUUUGGAAGGGCGAGCGGGCCGGCAAGUCGGAGGUGUCGGUGUUCUUCGACGAUGGUGAGAUGGACGCGAUGGCGCGUCCGCCGCGGCGGCUGACGGAGUGCGACGUCCUCGUCACCGGUGGGCCCGACAACACGGCUCAGGUGUUUGACGUGACCGACGAGGGAAAAGUGGUAGUGCUGGAGCGUCUGGAGGGGCACCGCGAUCGCGUGACGGGGGCCACGGUGCGUCGCUCUCGCAAGCCGAUCAUCGCCACGACGAGCGCAGACUCGACCGUGCGUAUUUGGGUACCCGUAAAGUCGUGA